AUGAUGGUUGGCGCCCAACUGUUCGGCAAAUACAGGGAUGUCAUUGAGGUCAAGAGUAGAGGCCCAUAUAGUAGCGCUGAAAUCAGGUGUAAGACGCCGCAUGAAGCAAACAAAAUUAUUAAAGACGAUCCCUUGAAAGAAUACGGAUUGAAAGUAUAUAUACCUACCUUCAGGCAAGUGAGAAGAGGUAUCAUAAGGGGAGUGCCAAACAUUGAGAUCCUGUCAACCCCAGAAAAAAUAAUUUCUAUGAUCGAAUCUCCUAAUGCUAAAAUAAUUGAUGCACAAAGACUCAAAAGGAAAAAUAGGAUGCCAAAAGGUGAAGACGAUAAGUGGAUCCCGUGUGAAACAGUGCUGUUGACUUUUGAGGGUCAAACCCUGCCUCUUGAAGUCAAGGCAUGCUAUACGACUAAAAAGUGGAGCCAUAUGUCACCCGGCUUAUGCAAUGUUUCAAGUGUUUCAGCUUCGGCCAUACUGCUUCAAACUGCAGAAACCAAGCCCUAUGCAUUAUGUGCGGUCAAGAAAAACAUGAGGGCAGGAGCUGUGAAAGACCAACACCUACUUGUGUAAACUGUAAAGGCCCUCACAAGAGCAUUGACACCAGCUGUCUAACCUACAAGGCCCAAUAUAGGAUAAAUAUCCUUAUGGCAUACGAUAACACUACUUGCGCAGAAGCAAGGAAAUUGGUACUUGGAGCAGAGCCAAAGGCAGCCCCACACAGGACAAAGGAAAACUUUCCAGCUUUAAGAAGCGAUCAGAGACAAGGCCUUCUAAAAAAGAUCUGUCAACAAGUAAAACGUCAAACCAACGAACUAAUAGAGUCUACAGUCUUCCACGGUGCACGGCAGCAGCAGCAGCAGCAGCAGUAACUACCGCCUCAGCAGGGACAGCUACAAAUCCAGGAACUCCCAAUUGGUGCCCAUCAUCAACUUUUGACCCCCAACAACCCUCAAGGGAGUAUGGAUGCGGCUUGCACAGAGAGUCUCAAACUAGGCUCAUCAAUCCAGGACAUCUACAAGCUUCCAGACACCAUAGAUAAAUUAAAGUCCAGGAUUAAAAACUCUAGUCAUAUUAAAUUAAAAUAAGUAUUCUAGUCAGACUUACCUUUACAACACACACAUACAUACACACAUUCAUAUACAGAUAAAUAAUAGUCCAUUUUAUUUGUAAA